AUGGAUAGAACAGUAGGAACAUAUUAUCAUAUCAAACGGAAACUUGGCGCUGGAUCGUUUGGCAAAAUAUAUCUCGUAGAACACACUCUAACUCAUGAGUAUUAUGCCGCAAAAUUCGAAUCUCUCGAUUGUCCAGCGCCACAGCUACAUUACGAAGCUAAAUUAUACAAAAAAUUUGCAGGUGGAUCUCAUAUACCUAAUAUUCAUUGGACUGGAUGCGAAAAGAAUCAUAAUAUCAUGGUUAUGGACUUAUUAGGCUCUUCUCUUGAAGAUCUAUUCCAGAAGAAUGGACAAAAACUUUCAUUAAAGACAGUUUUAGUACUUGCAGAUCAAAUGCUUUCAGCAAUUCAGUAUAUUCACAGUAAAAAUUACAUCCACCGUGAUAUCAAGCCAGAUAACUUCAUGGUUGGAACAGGAAAGAAUGCUGUUAAAGUCUAUUCUAUUGACUUUGGACUUUCCAAACGCUAUCGUGACGAUAUUACUCAUGAACAUAUCAGAUACAUCGAAGGCAAGAGUCUCACAGGCACAGCACGCUAUGCAUCAAUUGGAGCAUUACGUGGACAUGAACAAUCACGUCGUGAUGACCUCGAAGCCUUAGGAUAUGUUUGGAUAUAUCUUUUGAAAGGCAAAUUACCAUGGAUGGGCAUCAAUGCUCAUUCUCGCGAAGAGAAAUACAAACUUAUUGCAGAUUGCAAGGAAGAUACUCCAAUUCGCCAGCUCUGUGCUAAUCUUCCUCCAGAAUUCGUUACUUACAUGAAAUACGUCCGAAAUCUCGGUUUUACAGAGUCACCAAACUACACGAUGUUAAGAGAGCUGUUCAGAACAGCCUUUACAAACGCAGGAUUUAUAAACGACCAUCAAUUUGAGUGGACAGAACCGAAAAUUACAACAAUCGGAAAAGAAAACUUCGCUCCAUUCGACGCUACAAGGAAGAAUACAGACUUGAGACCAAUGACUGCACAGAAGAGAGCUAUUGCUGCAGGAAAUAUCAGACAAACAGAGAAAACUCCUCGUCCUUACAAAGAAAACGAAAUUCAGACACCAAGAGAACAAGAAGUUGUUGAAAAGAAGAGGAACUUCCUCUAUAAUCCUCAGAAAGCUUCGAAUUUACGUGCAAAAGCUGCUCAAGAAUACGCUUUUCCAAGUAGAUUGAGCAAAAUUCCAAGAAGAUUCUUAGAUUAA